UCCGCUCGCAUUUGGAAGCGGCACUCCGGCGAUAGCAAGUGGUUUUCCGGCUUCGAAGAGGCAGGAGCGAGGGGUUUUUUUGCUGGGACUGGGAGUCCUUUUCCACAGGUGACAGCGGGCAAGGGCCCUCUGAUUGGCCCCUCCAUCUCCUUCGAGGUUUAGCUCCAAGAAACUGGUUUUCCGGCAACAAAAUCAAAGGAGUCUCCGAGGGUUCAGCCUGUUGGCUGAGUCUGAGAAUGUCUUAAGAGUUUCUGAGGCAAAAGAUGAUUUCUUGAAAGAGGGUUCUCUUUGUUUCCGCCAAGAAAAUUUGGGGCACGGUGGCGAUGUGGAGCACGGCAAAGAAGUUUUCGGCGAGAGCGACGGAGAAAUUGGAGCCUCCGUGGACGGUUCCGUGUACUCCCCAUAAGGCGACGGUGGUCGCGAGCAAUUUGAGCUAUUGUACACCUUCCGGCCAUGGGAUGCCAAAUCUGCAGCCGCAGGGCUCCCCUUAUGUGCUAGCCAAACACGCCCAGAUUAUUGACAAAGAUCCACAAAAGUCAAUUCCAUUAUUUUGGGCUGCUAUAAACAGUGGUGACCGAGUUGACAGUGCACUGAAGGACAUGGCCUUUUCAAUGAAACAGAUGAAUCGAGCUGAAGAAGCCAUAGAGGCUAUUAAAUCUUUUCGCCACCUAUGCUCUCCCCUAUCACAAGAAUCCAUCGACAAUGUCCUUCUUGAACUCUACAAGAAAUGUGGGAGAAUAAAUGACCAAAUUGAGAUGCUAAACUUCAAGUUAAAGAUGCUUGAUGAGGGGCUAGCCUUUGGUGGGAGGAAAACAAAGUUAACAAGAUACAAAGGCAAAAGGUUUUAUGUCUCCCUUGACCAUGAAAAAUGCAGGCUUCUAGGAAACCUUGCCUGGCUUCACAUGCAAUCUGAGAAUUAUGGAGAAGCCGAACAACUUUACAGGAAAGCAUUGGCAAUCGAGGAGGAUAACAACAAGCAGUGUAAUUUAGCCAUCUGCUUGAUGAAGAACGGAAGACUUGUGGAGGCUAAGUCAAUCCUACAAUCUGUUAGAAGUGCACUAGUAGAAGCUUUUGAUGAGCUCUCCCUUAAAUCUUUGAAAAGGGCUGUUAAAGUGCUCAUGGAACUUGAACCUCAAGGUGAUCCUUUUGGCAACGAGGAAGAUUUUCUAAAAGAGGAUAUUUUACAAGGUGGGAAUGACCAACUCUUCAAUAUUCAAUAUUGGUGGGAGAAAAAACCUAAAAUGACAGAUCAUGUGCCGGAGAAGUUUGCAUUUACUAGCAAUCUUGAUCAGAAUGAGUUUGAUGGUAUUAGCUCUAGCUGUUAUUUAGAUUUGGCCAGUAAGAACAAAAGCCAAAGGUCUGUCUUAGGUAAAGAAAGACAGAGUUACCAUGAAAUUGACACAGAAUCAGCUUUAGAAAACGAUUCAGUCUUGAUCAGGGGAUCAGGUCAAACACCAGAUUCUUCAAAUUUAACUAGACAAAGAGCAGCGAUACAAGAGCAUGUUUACCUGAAAUCUAGAGAAAAAGAUCAUGUCUUGAAACCCAAGAGCUUGAACAGAAUAUGGUCGACUGCGACGGUAAAAUCACAACAAAAAAGUGAUGGGAGCUUGCCAAGUAGCAGAAAUCAGAAUUGGAACACAGAACCUAAUGCCUUUAUUAAUGAUGAGAGGCUAACUAACAUCUUUGAGACUCCCACAAGAAUUUCGAAGGAUGGUCAUUCCCCAGCUUUAAGUAGAGCAGGUACAAAGAAACACGAUUCUUUUCUGACUGGUGUACGGGCGUGGUACGACUUGAUAGAGGAGUUAAGAAGUUUCAACAUCAGCAUAGAUACCGCAGCUUCAAAUUCCACUACAUCUGAAGUUAAUCUCAAGACUCAACUGAUCAGGAAGACUGAGAGGAAACUUUGGGCUGACAUGGUUGAGGAGGAAGAAGAACUUGCAAAUCAGAAACUAAGCAUGCAUGUGGAAGCUACUAACAAAUGCAUAGUUGAAUCCGAAAUUUGUCUCAGGACUCAGCUGGUCCAAAAGAGUCGAAAGAGAAACUGGAAUGGCAGGGUAGAUGAAGAAGAAUCCUCAAACUUUGAUAGCAGAGGGAGAAGCUGGAUUGAUAUGCCAGAGGAUGAUAGAUCCAUAUCUGAUGCAAAAUUAGCUAAUGGUUCACCGAUGCAACCCAGUUCAUCAGUCCGUCGAGCGCUCUUGUUAGGCUUUGAAGACUCUGAUGUAACAAUUGAUUGAAUUGCAAGCCAAAGGCUGUUAGGCUUUGAAGAUAUGUAGAAAAUCACUUUGUAAGUUGGAAAUCAGAUAAAUUGUAAAUGAAAUUUGUCUACUGUGAUUGCUUUUGUUCUUUCAUUUUAUUUUUUUCAACUUGUAUAGAGGAAAGAUGAUCUAAUUCUCACUAUUACUGAAAGGAUUGUAAAUCCUUUUCUCUUUGAAAAGUGCGUUAGACAAGAAAUUACAUGGCUCGAAAGG